AUGGAUAACCUGGAAGCAAUAUCGAAUCCCCAACCUCCACCACCAGGCGAGCCGUUAACUAAGCAAACUCAGCUCUCAAACAGCGACUUCCGCAAACUUCUCCUCACUGCGGGGCCUCGCAAAUCACAAAAAGAUGCCGGAAGUGUCAGCGUUCCUCGCGGACGCUCCGAUCGUGCAAAAACGCACUCCCACAAGGCCCACCAGAAGCCACGUACCCACCAUCGCCACGAUAGGAGGCACAGGCGGGGUGGAGAGGACGGUGGUGGUGGUGGUCCCGUUGGCAGCGGCGGUGGUGAGGUUGGAGAAGGUGGGGUCACUGGGCCAGCGCCUAAGUACCGUGACAGAGCGCGUGAGCGCCGGGAAGGCAAGAUCUCCAGCACUAUGGAAAGCCUCGACCCUAAUGCAACAGAGAAUGGUGGUGAGGGUGCGGAGGAUCGUGAGGACGAGCACGAUCGCCUCGUACGAACGGCCGACUAUCGCGCCGUUGCUCCUACCUCCAGCGCUUCGCACGCUGCAGAACGUAGAAGGGCUAUUGAGGAGUCGAAGUAUUUUGGCGGUGACAUGGAGCAUACUCACUUGGUGAAAGGUUUAGACUACGUUCUGUUGGAGAAGGUCCGACGAGAGAUUCAGAACAAGGAGAUGGAAGCGGAGCAGCAGUUGGACGCAGAACUUGAGAGACCGAUUGGAGAGGGUACGCGGGACGUAGUCGAGGCGGGAUUGCACUUUAAGACGCGUUUAGCCGAGGGGAUAAUUGAGACCCUGUUUAAAACCAAUCAGGGUAAGGUGGAGAGAAAUGAGUUCUUUCAGCCUGGUCGAAUGGCUUAUCGAGUGGAAUUGGAGGACGAGAUGGCGGAAUUUGAGGUGCCAGCAACCGUGAUUCGGAGCAAGGCCGACUGUCCUCUGUUGGACCAGGCUGCGGCAGGAAAUUCCGAUUUGACUACUAAUGACAUUGUCAUAAACAAAUUGGCCCAGAUCUUUGCUUACACUCGCGCCGGUCGGAGACAAGCAAAGAAAGCCAAGUCGGCAAAGCAGAAGAUCGGUGGUGUUUCUGAAUAUGACAUCCAGCCUAUGCAACAGGAAAGCACAAAGAAGUCUCAACCCAUAUUUGAGGAUGCGCCGACGGAGUACGUGCCUACGCGCCGAUCGCACCGAGAUGAUGCGGAGAUGGGUCGAAGUCGGGGUCACCGUCGCGGGGGUGAGGAGGCGGAGAGGCGAACACAACCGAGCGGUACCAGUGGUCGCUACUUUGAGAAGUCUCUUGAGAAGGAGGAGGCGGUGGCGGUGGCGGUGCCUGCCACCAAGACCUCUCUCUCUGCCACUAAGGACUUCAUUCAACAAAUCGCCAACAAGUAUCCCACCUCUGCUGUUGCUUCAAAGGCGAACGAUGAACAGCCCUUUUUUUGCAUUAUUUAG